AUGGACGCCUCCUCCUUAGCCUACAGCAAAUUCGUUCAGUUCGCGGUGGAGGAGGCCCAGCGGCGCACUAGUUUGACCCCCCUUCAUUCUCAGGUUUGCUGCGGUCUCGGACUUCAUACUGUCCUACGGACGUCAUUCAUUAAUCAGUAUCUAUAAUCUCUCUUUCACCUUCUCUCUCUAUCUCAGAGGUUUGCUCCAUGGGUCCUGAAAUCUUAAUUCUUCUUGUGCUCGGUGUUUUUUGGUUUCUCAAGUUCUUCCUAAUCUUCUUACUCCCAGUCGAAGUCUUUGAUGUACAUUACACAACAUUGUUUCUUAUUCUAUUUCUCUGUUGUUUAUUAAAUGUGUGAAUUCAUAAAUUUGAUGAAAAGUAGUUUCUUGGUAUUUUGGUAUCAGGAUAGGUUUAAAUCCAUCAUGGCCAAGGACAAUCAGACGGAGCUCUGCACGCUUUCUUUUCGAGCUCCCAAGAUAAGAUGCCUUAGGAGUUUGAACAUUGUUGGAGGUAAAACGAUGCAGGUAAUGGUUAGCCUAUUUAGCGAUUUGCAUGGCCUAUCUUAGCUUCAGCUGUAAAUUUUUCGUGUUUCAUUUUUCUGAACACCUGAGUUGUGAACAAGCUGUUCAUUGUUUCUGCGUAGCUCAACAAAGGAGUUUAUUACUCCCACCUUCUGAAGGGGAACGCAGUGUUCUCUUUAAAUGAUGAUAAUGUACCAAGUUAUCUUAAAACUUCAUUUUUCAUUUUUCUCAAAUGUUAUUGAGAACAUUUGAGGAGUUUCUACAUUACCAUUCACUUAUAAUCAUUGCUUGGAAACUCUGUCCGACCCAAGGCAACUAAAAGAGGUCAUUUGAUUCCAGUCUUCCUAUUAUUUUUUUCAAAAUUGGGAUCCUCUGUUUUGGCCGGUAAAUGGUCAGAUAGGGCCAAUCCUACGAGUUUGGUUGAAUUAUCCCGUUCGCUGGCUUUCUCUUUUGACUUUUCCCUCUCUCCCUGCAAUUUUUUUUCCCUCAAUUUAAAAUCGUUGAAAACAUAAGGAGCGUUUUAAAUAAUCAUUACUUGAACAAUUUGAGUGGGGAGUCUGCUAAUAAUUGAAAACGCAAAAUAUACUAGCAUAGUACGGCUAUGCCCUGAAUCCAAACACUCUGUAAAGAUGGAAAGGACUCGCAGAAAAAAUUUACUGGAGUCUAGUGUGUACUGAACUUUAAAAUAAUGUAACCUAACUUGAUAUAGACAAAGGCCAGAAAAGUUGAUCUUGUCAAUAUCUUUUGAACUUGGUCCUAAGAAACGAUCUGCUUCUUUCCAAGAACUUAUUUACCUGGGAUCCCAGUCAUAGUGUUUGUUUUAUACUCAAAUGAAUUUUGAGUUGAUUUGUGCGAACCAACUUAAGUGUGGAUGAAAUAGAGAAUACUAAUAUUAUUCCCUGUGCAAGAAAACUCAUUUACCCCAUGUGUUAAAAAUGGCCCUUUUGGCUGUUUGAAACACUUAAGGUUCCUCUAUUCCUCGUUGGGGCAUUAAACCGAGUGAAGAAAUUUAUUCUCAUGAUCUUCCUCAUUGUUGAUUCUCGGUUACAUUCGAGAUUUAGUUUAUUUCAGGAUAAAUCAUCAAGGCUUCUUGGUUUCCCCUUGGAAGAUGCAGUUUAUGGUGGAACACAUCCCAGCAUCAUUUUUAGUUGCCAAAGAAAUUACAAUUCAGAUGAAAAUAUUUGUUUUACCGUUAAAAUCGUGUUUAUUUCUGACAAAAAAAAUCAUGAAUAAUACGAAUCUUGAUUGUUCAGAAACACCUCUGUGAAGAGUAAGAUAAUCUGAUGGUUAGUUGCUCGGGAGAAUGAUGCCAUCACAGUCAUAUGGGAAAAUAUUUGGAAAGCCUUUUCCAAAGAGGGAGAAAACAUGUAUAUUGUGUGUUAUUAUAAAUAAUAAUGGAUGCUAGAGUAAAUAAACAUAAUAUGAUGAACUGAACAAUAAAUUGAAAUAAUAAAUGAAAAAUAAAUUUAAUUUAAAUACUUGAAUUUAAAUGAUAGUGAUAUCCGAGAAUCAACAUAUGAAUCUUGUAAUACUUGGUCUUGCACGCUGAAGUUCUCUUAGUCCAGUAUGCAGAGAGAGGCACAUGCAACACUCUGGGUUUUUGAAAGCAUGUACACUAGUUAAGACUAUCAAACAGAGCUGUAAAUGGAUCUCUUUUUAGAUGACAUAUUUUCAGGGUAUCUGCAUGUUGCAUGAUGGUUCUUCUGCUUCAUAUAAAGGUUGACUUGCAUGUAGUUUGUGGAACUUUCUGAAGUGAUAUUUUUUCAACCUUGUGACAUCCAAGACCUAGCUCAUAAAGGAUCACCUCCGCCCAUAGAUAUUCCAAAAUCCUAUGUCACAUCACUGACCACCAUGUGACACCUAAGGUCUCUUAGUAGUGCAUGGAGGACCAUAGCAUUGACUGGUUUUAUGAGUAACUCCGUAAAUUAGCUAGUAAUUUUUACAGGUUUUAUGAGAGGUCAUGUAACGAGAGUCAAGUAAAUGUUUCUCCCACUGGUUAGGCAGAGAAGACGGGUAAAAAUGAUAGGUUUCAGUUUUAUAUGUCAGUUUAUUCUCAUGUUGCAAACAGAAGACCAACGGAAAACAUGCUAAAGAUCAAGUCAGUUUAUCUCAGUUUUUUCUGUGUACCAAGUUAGUUGACUGACAGUGUAAUUCGCAAAUUUCGUUAUAAUACAAUCAAAGUUCUCUUCUUCUGCCUUGUUUAGCAUUUUCUUUUAAUGCACCCCAAGUAUUUGGUAUUAUUUUGGUCUUGUUGGCAACUUAUGUUGAAAAGGUUGCACUUUUCAUAGGUUCUGGAUUUCUGCAUUUUCCCUGAGGCAGAAUUCGAUUUGCCUAUAUUUUGUGCCAACUUUUUUGCAAGUCCUACCUUGAGCAUCGUGGUCUUGUAAGUCAUUCUAAAUUCGAAGGGUAUUUUCUUGGCUUUAAUUACUUCAUUCUAUUGUGUCCGAAAUGAAGAUGAUGAGAACUUUGUUGGUUGAUUACGUUCAGCCUUUGGGUACACGUGAAUUUACAGUUGUUCAUGACUAUGAUUAAUGAUUUGAACUAGACUGUAGUACUGCUUGAUCUUUCUUGGCUAUUGAUUUUUUAAAUCCAUGAAAUUGACAACUGAAAUAAAUGUCAUAAUGUACGUUCUUUAUGAGCAUCCCAUCUGCAUUACAUAUGUAUACUGUGUACUUAGUGGCUCUUAAUUUUUUGUUCUGCUUUACUUAAUUUUAUGUUCUGUACUAUAAAAUCCAAUUAUUCACUCUCCCACUUCAGGACAUUAAUAUUUUGAACCUCAGUGUGCAACCAAUACCUCAAGUCCUUUCGCUCAUUGUUUUGAUGUCUUCGUGCACAAUUCAGUGUCUCCACCUUGAUGACGUUUUGAUGGCUAAAUAAGAGCUUAAAGGCUGGAAUAGUGCAGAUCACCUCCCUUAUGUUGAACUUCGUUUGGCCAAGGGGCCUUUCUCUCUGCUGGUGGUCUAAUUAACAAGUUUAUUUCUUUCUCUUAUUUUUGGGAGCAACUCAUUUCAUUUAGAAAUAUGCAAAACAUUUGAAACGAAUAUUUUUCUUCCCUCGAGGAUUCAAGUAGUCAUCAAAGAAGCUAGUGACACUAGACAAAAAAUGAUUCAUAUUGUGGAUUGGUGAAGGAUCAAUUACCAAGCUCCAUCAAGGUAUCACAGGGCUUACAACAUAUCAGCUAACAAGGAAGGAUUUUCACGAAGAAGAUUUAGGUGGCUAUUUAAUGUAACAAUACAUCCUUUAUAGGUUUUCAAUGCCUGCUGCAUUUGACUAGGGAACGGAAACUCUAACUCUAAUCCUGAGCAAGAUGAAAAGUAGAAUGAAAGUUUGUUGUAUUAUCAUGUUUCAUAAUUGCAUACUGUCCGCAAGACAGCAGACACCAAGAGUCAAUAUUUCUUCAGUCACAUUAGCACGUUGGGAUUCCCAUGUGAAGGACCACUGGAUAUCAACAUUCUACAUUCGGUUCCUAGAGUAUCAUCUCCAUCUCCUAGAGACCUUUUCCUCGUUAUUAAAUCUAACAUUUUGCGAGUUAAGUCCUGGAUGGUAAAUCUUCUGUCCCUCAUUUAAUAGAACCUAUAAUUAACUAGUGCUUUUAUCUUCCUUCUGUCAGACUAUGAAAGAAGCUCACUCUAUCCUAAUAAACCCUAGUCCUGAUUUUCUUUUGUUAAGUCCUUCAUUUCACUUGGUUGUCACGUCAUAAAUAUUAUAUAUAUACUAUUAUUCACCAUCUACGCCUCAAUUAUGUCAACAAACCUGAUUUUUUUUAGUAUUUUUUAUUUUCUUAUUUACUUAUAUGCAUCCCUCUUUGGUGGCUUCUCCUAUGAUACUUUUCUUCAUUUAAUCAUAUUUUAGGGACUUGAAUCCUCUACAUGGUGCCAUGACCCAAAGUGAGCAUAUGGACAAGUAUUAUAAGAAGCUAUUACCUCUUUGCCAGCAAUAUGCUGAGGUCUGAUGACAACUUUUGUUACUCACGUUCACCACCUUAGUAACUUUAUUUCUUUUCUUUUUUUUGUAGAAAGAAAAUAAUGCUUGAACGUUUAUCGCAAAUUGAUGCAGCUUUUUCCAUGGGGGGGGAAGAUUACGUUUGAAUCUAUAAGAUUUUUUUCGCCAGUUGUGAUCUGGAGCAAGUUUAGUCCAAGUCUUUAUAGGCAUGAGAGUUUAUAUUCUGCGUUCAUGGAGUAUCUUAAGGUAUCAUUACAUCAGGCCUUUUUAUGAGCCUUAAAUAUUUUUAUUCAUCAUUUGUGGCAUGGCCUAACCUCGAGUCUUAGCUUCUUUUGAAUAAAAAUUAUUGAUCACGUCAAAAUCUCCAGUAAAUAAGGCAGGGAGGGAGAUCAGCUUUUGCUACUGAACCAUAUUACGUCAUUAUUAUAAUGUACUCAGUGAAACACGUAAAAAUAGAUUGUCAAUAUUGCUAACAUCAUGAACAUCUUCGUUUUUUCGUUAUUUGGCAGAUCUGAGUGCUACUGGAUAUCGUAUCCAAGGUUGUAGGGGUCUCAUAAUCUUCAUUGAUUUAGAUCAAGGUCUUGGUCCUUUCUGCUAGUCACUUUGGCAUCCUAGUCCACAGCAGCUCAGGAUUUGAACUCAAGGGUAAAACCUGUGAAAAAGGGUGUGCUUGAGGAGCAUAUUUUUAUUUCUUUUAAUGUCUUGGAGUCUCCUUUCAGCGCAGUUGCUGUCAGGGACCCUAUCUAGAUUUUAAUGCCGUGUUCCUGUCAUAGGGCUGGUCUAGUGGUCGGUUGUUGUUGUAGCCCUAUUUUGUGCAUUUUUCUUCACUAGAUACUCUGAGGGGCUCAUCUAGUGUUGUGGUUGGUGUAGCGGUUGUUCUUCCUUUUUCUACAAGUUUCUCCCCCUCUCACCUCUCCCAAAUAUCUUCAAGUUGUUCUGUGUUACGACAACUAGAUGAAUUGUCAUAUUCUGGUUUCUUUGGCUGCCACAUUCCACCUGUGGUGCACUGCCGUUAUGGUUGCUGGAAGCCUCUGGCUUUUGUAUCAAAGUGGGCAUUACAGUUUUUCCUGCCUGGGAGUUUAGGGAUUCUAGUUCGUGCUUCUAGGCCAAUCUGUGUUCAAUACCCAAAUAUUUGAGUGAUGUAUCUUCUUUGGCAGCUCGGGCAUGCUCUAAUCAUCGGUUUGCAAAGCUUUUCUAUCCAGAUGACCAUAUGAAAUUAGAUGAGGGGAAUUACAUGGUAUGAUAUAUCUCGCCAAAAUGUAUAUGACGAGGCAAGGAUGCAGGGAAGUUCAUUAUUUCAUUAUCUCUUAUAUUAAUAAGAAAAUUUAGCCUCCAUACUUGAGACAUUCUAGGGAUCAGGGGUAGGAAUUGGAGUAUCUACAGAGAUGGUUAUUCCUGUAAACGAGUAUGGACAAAACCUAUGUGCUCCCUCCAUCUAUUAAAUGAUUUGGUCUAUGGAUGGUCUUGCGUGGCUAUUUUGGCAUCCAAAAGGGUAAAUGGGAUGUUUGUGCCUACCAUGUUUUUAACUAGUAACCUUCUGUGUGAAGUUAUUAGAGAGAUUCCUAAAAUAUGUUCAAAGAAACGAACCUUCCAAGCUCUUUGUCAGAUGGAGCCAAGAAUUUUAUAAACUGAGGAGCGAAAAUUCUAUGCACAAGCCCCCUUAGAAUAAGUCUGCUAUAAAGUUCUUUCGGAAAACGUUCAAGGAAAAGUGGUGAGUGGAGACAUGAGUGACUCAAUAGUGGGGCAUUGAAGUUUUAUGUUUUUUAAAGAGUAGGACUGAAACAUAAAAGGGGUGGAGUCUAACACAAACAAAGUGGUAGCAGCAGAAACAUUGUCAUGUGGUAGAAAGCACCAUCUUGAAUAUAAUUAUUGGUAAGUUGAGAAGAAGCCUAGAAAAUCUUAGAUGAAAGAGUGAUCAACCGGCAAAACAGAGCAGUAUUAGGUCUUCUCUCAUUCGUACCCCUCCAAUCACAUCUGCUGAAGGGUCCACGAGAAAAUACCAAAUCUACUUUUGCAGUCUUACACUGAUGACUUUGUCUAGCUACAGAUGAUGCUUGUAUUCCCUUAUUCUUCCACUUGUUCAUUUCCUCAGCGAGGUAAUACGAAGGUAGCUCUGGGUUUCAUUGUAAAUUUAGGCAUUUCCAUGGAAGCAAGCUCUACAGAUUAAUGUCUGAUAUUCCUGCACCGCUUUCUUCAUAGGCUAUCGUAGACAGGAUGAAAUAACUCUUCUAGAUUGUUCAGGAGCCAUAAUGGUCAGAAACAAUUCGGUCAAAUUGGAUGAUCAGUCAACUUACCCUGUAUUUUAUACAUGCCUAUUUUAUAUCUGCAUUUUACUUCUAUUACCAGUUGUGUUGAUUGUCCGGUUGCAUUCAUCCUCAGUUACCAUCGGAAACAAUACCAUUUUUAACAUGUUGAUUUUUAUCAAAAUUGGAUAUUUUCAGUCAUUUUCAAAGCACACCUUAAACAUCUAUUUUGCACAAGUUAGGGAAUGCUUGCUUUCUGCUGAAGAAAGGUAACCCUGCUCUGCCAUUAACUUAUGUGUCAAUCAUACGGCUGAACAAAUGGUUAUGGAUACAAAAAUAGAGUAUAAAAUUGCACAAAAUUGAAGAUGAAUUAACAGUCUCCUACUGCAUGCGAUUUUCUGAUGAACAGAAGUUGGGUGGAUGUCCUAAAUUAAUUGUCUUAAUUGCAGCCUGAGGCCUUCCGGGUUAACAAACUGUCAAAUUCCUGGUGUAUUUCCAAUGAUAUGCUUCCUGAGCUUAUGUUCUGUUCUGAUAUUACUGCUUAUAUCAUAGGUGUGGUUUGAAAUGGUGGAGCAGUCUGUAGAAGAGAAAGAUCCAGAGAAAAUUCUUCUUAAUCGCCAAGCACAACACAGAUAUCUCACUUGGCGGACUGAGAAGGUGAUAGAUGCUCCAACGUCAUUCAUAAAAUCCAUUUGAAUGUUCAUGUUUAUGAGGAUGGGCAAUAUCCUUCACCAAUUUAUCCAAAAAUAUUCCUUUCCCUCAAAAAUAUGUUAUGCAUCUUAAUUUGAGGAUAGGUACUCGGCUCUUGUUCAUUCUCCACCAUUCUGUCUUUAAGAUUCAGCGUCAUCCCAUGGUUUUGCGUCAUACGGUUUGUAUUUAGUUCUUUAUCUGCCGGAGUCACUCACCAUAUCUCAAAAUAGUUAUGUCAAAAAAAAUAAAAAAUAAAAAUAAAUAGAGACCUUCUUCGGAUACUGCGGUAUCAUCAACAUCCAGCUAGAGUGCCCUUUGAGCUCAACAUGGGCAACCAUCUCCCCUCCACAUACGUCCUCUGCUAUCAUGUGAUCCUGAAUGAUCAGAUUUCCAUUCAUUUUUCCUAAUCAUUAUUUACAUAUUGGGAAAGGAGAACCUUUUAUCCUGCCUUUAAUUGAAUUUCACCCAUCAUCCCCUUAUUUUCAGAAAGUGGGGAGUCCAAUUAAAAAAGCCAAGAAACCAAGACUAUUUAUUAUGGUUGCAAAAUAUUUACGUCAGUUUCAGGGUUGUUUUGUAAAACUUUCUUACUCCAGUGGGCAAACGCUGCUGAUCGAUAUUCUAAUAGCAUAUUACUGGAAAAGCAGGAUCCCGGCUAUCCGACUCUGAGGAAGUUGAUUGGCGAAUCUCUUGCAAGGGUAUCUUCAAGGAGGCUAAUUUUGUAUUUUCAGUCAGUUCUAAUUGUCUUUCCUCUCACCCAAGCUCCAUGCUCGCUCUCUCAUGUGUCUCAGGACUUGGUAGAGAGCUUCCUGUUCGAUGGAGUUAACUACCUAGGAUCUAAGCGAUUCCUUGAUUACUUCCCCGAGUAUAGAUGUUCGGAUGGAACGACGAACCAGAGGCGAAGUGUUGUUGGGAAGUCGUUCGAAUCUCGCCCCUGGGAUGAGAGAGGCAACUUCAUUGGUGGUGACCUUGAAUGA